AUGGCAUCGGUCAGCCAGAUGCUGUGCGGCAUGUCGAGCGGCUUCACGAGCCCGGCGCUGCCGGAGCUGCGCCACCAGAUGGCACUCAGCAGCCGGCAGGAGUCGCUCAUCAGCGCCCUGCAGCCGCUGGGCGCCAUGGUCGGCGGCCCGCUGGCUGCGCUGGCGCUGGACCGCAUCGGCCGCAAGGCCACCUUCAUGCUGGUAGCGGUGCUCUUCACGGCCGGCUGGCUGGCCGUCAGCUAUGCCGGCUCCGCGGCGCCCAUCAUGGCCGGCCGGCUGGUGCAGGGGCUCGGCUGCGGCGGCUCCUUCCUCGCGCUGCCCAACUAUAUCGGCGAGGUGUCGGAACCGCGCGUGCGCGGCCUGCUGGGCAUGUUUACGCAGAUCGGCUUCUGCUGCGGCACGCUGUUCGAGUUCAUCGUCGGCAAGUACGUGGCGUGGAACUGGCUGGCGCUGAUGUCCGCCACCGUGUCCGCCGCCUGGCUGCCGUGCAUCACACUGCUGCCCGAGUCGCCGCUCUACCUAGUGAUGCGGCGGAAAGAGCAGGCCGCCGCCGCCGCGCUGCGCCGUCUGCGCGGGCCCCGCUACGACGUGCCGCGCGAGCUGGCGGAGGUGACGCGGUACGCGCGGGACGUGCUGCGGCGGCACCCGGCGUCCGGCACCGACGCGCUCACCUUCUUCACGGUGGACAUCCUGGAGGCGGCCGGCUCGUCGAUGGAGCCGCACACGGCCACCGCCUGCACGGCCACGCUCGGCCUCUACUUCUACCUCCUCCGCGCCGGCCACGAUCUGAGCGGCGUCGGCUGGCUUCCGCUCGCCUGCCUGCUGAUCUUCAACCCUGCCUUCGCCAUCGGGCUGGGACUCGUGCCCUGGAUCGUGAUCGGUGAGAUGUUCGCGCCGGAGAUGCGUGGCAUGGGCGCCAGCGUCGGCACCACCAUCACCUCGCUCAUCACCACGCUGAUCACGCUCUGCUUCAACAGUUUGAAGAGCGGGCUGACCGAGGCCGGCACGUUCUGGCUCUUCUCGGCCAUCACGGCCGUCGGUGCACUCUACCCCAUCUUUUUCGUCUACGAGACGAAGGGGAAGUCCCUGGAUCAGAUCACAGAACACUUCAAACAGUCCGAUGGACCUGCCGAGGGCUUUGACAGUCGAGGUGUGUGCGCUGGAACCCACGGAGGACCCACUCCAACUCACGAGCAGGCCGGGGACACGUGUCGAGCCUGCGAUGUCGCAACAUAGAGACUCGCCUGUACCUGGCAUUGAUGCCAACGCACCUGCAUGUCAUAGACGGUGAUAUAGAGCGAUAGGCUUAACGAUUUUGUUUGAAAGUCAUACAAGCUGCAUGCAUUAAGCCAUUAU